UUCUUCAAAUCUUGAAAGCCCCCAUUGUUCCAAGUUGUGGAUUUGAUUAAUCAGUAAAAGCAACAAUAUUUUAUUCAAGAUUCUCUUCUUUUAAUGCAGAAGACGACAUUGACUUAAACAAGACUAUUGGUAUCACUCCCAAAUUGGACUUUGAUGGUACAGAAACGGAAUAUCAAUCAGGAUAAUGAUGAAAACUCUAAGUUUCCACCUAGGGAAUCUAAGCGCCAACAUCCUUCUAAUGCGCUUUUUUCAGGGUUAAGGAGUUACUCUUCUCCACAAGAACUUGCACUAAGGUUGGAGCCCUCAAUCCGAAGCUGGGUGCGUGAAGAGAUUGAGAGAACACUUCAAUCUACCCUGAGAUCCUCACUUAAUGAUGACGAGACUUCUCAAUCUAGGGCUAUUCAGUCUUUUGACGAUGCACUCCCUUCUUCCCUUUUCACGGGCAGUAAAGUAUCCAGGGACAAUAGGCCCAUUAAAGUUCUCUUGCAUGAUGCUAGUUCGAACCAGAGAAUAACAUCUGGACCGUUAUCUUCGGCAAAAGUUGAUGUGGUUGUUCUUAAUGGGGAAUUUAAUCCCAACGAUCUAGAAGACUGGAGUGAGGAAGAGUUCAGCAAAAAGGUUAUUCGUGCAAGAGAAGGAAAACGUCCAUUAUUAACUGGAGAUUUAAUCAUUCAGCUAAGGGAUGGUGUGGGAUAUCUGGGUGAUAUCAGCUUCACUGACAAUUCAAGCUGGGUAAAGAGCAGGACCUUUAGGUUGGGAUUGAAAUUGAUUAACCGCUCUGGUGAAUUUAGGGUCAGAGAAGGAGUUAGCAAGCCUUUUACUGUGAGAGAUCAUCGUGGGGAGGCUUAUAAGAAGCAUUACCCUCCCACUUUGGGCGAUGAGAUCUGGCGGUUGGAAAAGAUUGCCAAAGAUGGUGCUUCACACAAACGGUUGAGUAAUGAAGGAAUAUCAUGUGUGAAAGAGUUCCUACGGCUGUUUGUCACUGAUCCAUCUCUUUUACGUAAGAUGCUGGCUUGUGGGAACAACAUAUGGGAGAAAAUAACUGAACAUGUGAGCACUUGUCUGUUAGACAACAGCGAGUGGUACAUCUACAACGCUGGAGAAAGUAUUGUACUUCUGUUCAACUGCAUCUAUGAACUUGUAGGUGCAAUUCUUGAUGGACAAAAUUUCCAGUCCAUUGACAAAUUAGAUGUAUUUCAGAAGCGGAUGGUGGAAGACUUUAAGCGUAGUGUUUAUAAAAAUUUGAAUUGUCUAGCUCCCCUUGAGGACCGUUCUUUGAUUGGCCAAGCAGCCCUUACAUCCAAUCUGCAAAAUGGCCUUUCUCAUAUUCCUAGUUCAAGCCAACAGAAUAUGAACUACUCAGAUGAGCAAGGUCAAGUGGAGUUCCAGAGCAACUCUGAUCAUGCCACAAUUUCAUCACCGCUAGCCUACACAGCUCAACAGGAUAGUCCAACUGCAGUGUCCAUGCCUGAACGCUUUCAUGGAAUGCAAGCAUUUAAUCCGACCUUGGCAAACAGUUUCUUGCUUGGUGAUCCCUGCUCCAGUAUCUACCCUGGUGAUUAUGAUUGGGGUUCCAAUGGUUCAUUUGAUUCACUAGGGAUGACCGAUUAUCUACCUCCCAACAACAAUUAUCAGUUUGAGACACCAGUGUGGCAAGGGAAUGGAUUGUUAGCGAGUUCAAGUGUUCAGCCGGUGUCACCUAAUAUUGGCAUUCACAUCACAAGACGUGGAAAUCCUAGAGCCAUUUGGUGCACAAUCCGUGCUGUCCUGAAAUGGAAAACAUUGGUUAAGCGAAAGUAGCUAUUUGAAGGUUGAAAGGCUUUUACAAGUAGAUAUCUGAAGUUUGUUCGAGAUAUAACCAGGAAACUUCACCUCCAUCUCUCAGCCUGCCUAUUCUUUGAACUCUUGGGUAUUUUGAAACAUAAAUAUAUUUAUAUGUCCAUUACAUAUAGCAUCCAUCGUAUAUAUGUGAGUAAAUUGUACAUAUAGUAAGGUUUUUGUCAGGAUGAAGGUGCAUGUAGGAUAAUUUUUCUUGCAGAAACAGUAGCAAGAUAUCAAAUGUUAUGCUACCGCAAAUGCCAUCGUCCUUGGAGGAGUUUAGUGCUACCUCUUUACUAAUAGUACUAGUAGUUUUCUUGUGUGUUUUCUGCAUCAGAUGUAAUAAAUGGUGCUUGUACAGGAAGUAAUAUUAUUACCUUAAUUAUUAGUUUGUAA